AUGGAUGGUACUGGUCGUGGUAAAUUAUCGCGGCAAGUAAAAUUUACAUUGCAAAAAAAUAUUGAAACACCAUGUCCACCAUCAUUAUCAAUUUUAAAAGAUGAAACUAGUAAAAAAAAACAUCAUCGUAAACCUGAAAUUGUUUCAGUUGAUAUAACACUUCCAUUACCAACUGCUAUGGAACAUCGUAUGCCUAUAUUUAUUCCAUGUGAUCAAUUUCCAGCAAAUUAUAUAUCUCCAACAACAUUAUCUAUUCUUCAUUGGUCGAAAUAUCAUGGACGAAAUAUAUCAUUUUAUUUAAAAGAUAUUGGUUAUUUUUCUACAGCUGAUCGUUCCGAUGCAAAUCGUUGUCGAGAAGAUUUUCGUUAUUUAAAACGACUUCGAUAUAAUCUAGAUGAUGUAAGACAAAUAAAACAAAUGAAUAUAGAAUUUGAUCUUAAUAUUGGUUCAGCUUAUUUAAAUCCAGCUGAACCAUCAACAUCACUUGAUGCUUUACUUUGGUGGAUUAAUCGACAUAGAACAAGUUUAAUGGAUAAUAAAGGACGAUUUACAUUUGAUUUUGUUGCAUGGCGUGGAACAAUAAGAAAAAUCAUGUCUUCAUUAUUUAAUAACGAUACAGAUUGGCGUAUUGGUGUUAUUCGUUUUCGUGGUGCUUAUUUUCUUCAUGUAUUUCAUACUGAUACAGAAUUAGGUGUAGAAUUUGGUCAAACACCGAUUGAAAAACGAAUGUGUUAUUGGGGACAUAAAUUUGAAGAUUAUCUUUGUUCAGAAACACCACCAUUAUUUCCAAGUCCAAAGAAAUUGUUUUCACUUGUCAAUUUAGCUACAUUAGGUGUACAUACACUUUUAUAUGGUAGUGAAAUCGAUGCAUGUACACAAGAUUCUGUAUUUAAUGAUGAAAAUAUAUGUCAAAAAUCAACACGUAAUCAUAAUGAUAAUAAAAAUUCGAAUACAAAAUUAAAGAAAAAAGGAACAUUUGUUGAAAUAAAAGUUGUUUAUGCAGAAAAUAUGCUAGAUUUACAUACAACAACUGCUCGAAAAUAUGCUAAAUGGUGGUCACAGUGUUUUUUAACUGGUAUCGAACAAAUCUUAUUAGGUUUUCGUGAUGAUCAUGGUGUUGUGCGUCAAAUUCAACCAUUACUUAUUAAAGAUAUUGAAACACGUGCUCGAACAUGGAGUUCAAGUUCAUUUUUAGGAUUUCUCAAUGAAUUUUGUGCAUUUGUCCGUAAGACUAUUACAAAAGAUUAUUUUGAUGAUGAAAAAACGGUUUAUCUUUUUUAUUUUUCUCCACAAGAGAAAAAAAUCAAAUGGCGUACUACAACUGAAGCUACCUAUCAAUUUUUACCUGAUUGGUUUACUUCACAAGAUUUCUCGUCAUCUGAAGAAUUAAUGAAAUGA